UCCUCAGUACCGAACGUGCGCCGCGGCGGUGUGGGAGCAAGACGGACAAGCCGCCGCUCGCGGCCCGCUGGCUGCAGAAGUUGUUGCCACACAUUUCGAAUGUGCGUUUUCCACGCCUGAUUCUUGGCCUCGCACCUCCGGAGCAGCCACGGCCCUGUCACUACCAUCGCAGCCAUACGCCCCUUCCCCUGACUGGCCUCAGCUACCCCUGCCGGCUUGUCCACCUCACACCUGGCCUGUCAGAGCCAGACGCGAGUUGGCGGCGGGAGAGGGCGGAGCUAGGCCACGCAGGGGGCGGGGAGAGCGUUAGGGCACGUGAAGGCGUGUUGGCCAAUGGAUCCACCAAAAGCAGGGAAAAGUGGGAAAAGUUCGAAAGAAGGACAAGACCCAGUAGAAUCAGAGAUGUUCCUCCUGCGGAUCAAGAGAAGCUUUUUACCCAGAAGUUACGUCAGUGUUGUGUCCUCUUCGACUUUGUUUCUGACCCACUGAGUGACCUCAAGUGGAAGGAAGUGAAGCGAGCUGCUCUCAGUGAGAUGGUGGAGUACAUCACCCACAACCGCAAUGUGAUCACGGAGCCCAUCUACCCCGAAGUAGUCCACAUGUUUGCAGUUAAUAUGUUUCGAACAUUGCCACCUUCCUCCAACCCAACGGGAGCAGAAUUUGACCCUGAGGAAGAUGAACCAACUUUAGAAGCAGCCUGGCCUCAUCUGCAGCUUGUUUAUGAAUUUUUCUUAAGAUUUUUAGAGUCUCCAGAUUUCCAGCCUAACAUAGCAAAGAAAUAUAUUGAUCAGAAGUUCGUGUUGCAGCUUUUAGAGCUCUUCGACAGUGAGGAUCCUCGAGAGAGAGAUUUUCUUAAAACCACCCUUCACAGAAUCUACGGGAAGUUCCUAGGCCUGAGAGCAUACAUCAGGAAACAGAUAAAUAAUAUAUUUUAUAGGUUUAUUUAUGAAACAGAGCAUCACAAUGGCAUAGCAGAAUUACUGGAAAUAUUGGGGAGUAUAAUUAAUGGAUUUGCCUUACCACUCAAAGAAGAGCACAAGAUUUUCUUAUUGAAGGUGUUACUGCCUUUGCACAAGGUGAAGUCAUUGAGUGUCUACCAUCCCCAGCUGGCGUACUGUGUUGUGCAGUUUCUGGAGAAGGACAGCACCCUCACCGAGCCAGUGGUCAUGGCACUUCUCAAAUACUGGCCAAAGACUCACAGUCCAAAAGAAGUAAUGUUCUUAAAUGAAUUAGAAGAGAUUUUAGAUGUGAUCGAGCCAUCCGAAUUCGUGAAGAUCAUGGAACCUCUUUUCCGGCAGCUAGCCAAAUGUGUUUCCAGCCCGCACUUCCAGGUGGCAGAGCGAGCACUGUAUUACUGGAACAAUGAAUAUAUUAUGAGCUUAAUCAGCGACAACGCAGCGAAGAUCCUGCCUAUCAUGUUUCCAUCCCUCUACCGCAACUCAAAGACCCACUGGAACAAGACGAUACAUGGCUUGAUAUACAACGCCCUGAAGCUCUUCAUGGAGAUGAACCAAAAACUGUUUGACGACUGCACCCAGCAGUUUAAAGCAGAGAAACUGAAAGAGAAGCUAAAAAUGAAGGAGCGAGAAGAAGCAUGGGUUAAAAUAGAAAACCUAGCCAAAGCGAAUCCCCAGUACACAGUGUAUAGUCAAGCCAGCACCAUGAGCUUGCCGGUGGCAAUGGAGACAGAUGGGCCUCUAUUUGAAGAUGUGCAGAUGCUGAGAAAGACAGUGAGCGACGAGGUUCAUCAGUUGGUCGGGAGGAAAGCAAUGCCAACCACGCAAGUGAGGAAGGUGUAGGACCAGCAGGUGGGCAGCGCAGGCACAGAAAGAUCUGAAGAAGGACCGUCCUCUUGCGCGCCGCAAGUCCGAGCUGCCUCAGGACCCCCACACCAAGAAAGCCUUGGAAGCCCACUGCAGGGCCGACGCGCUGGCCUCGCAGGAUGGGCGCUAGCUUGGAGCGCGGCGGCCGGGCCCGCGGUGCUCCGCUGGUUCUGUAGAAAGUCAUGCUGUUCGUGCCAUGCCAUCCGUGUCACUCAGAGUCCACGCUUCUUCCGCCCCGUUCUGUAGGCAAUAACGUGUGUCCGCCUCAGCUCAGACUAGGAGUUCAAACAGUGGUGGCUCCCCCGUGCCCGCACAGCCCAGUACAGCCCUCGUCAGGCGGCCUCCCGGUCAGGGCUCUGGCCAGCACCCUGCUCGCCACCUUCGUGUUCCACCCAAACGGAAUUUGUGGUUCUUUCUCUAAAAUAGGCGCUUCUAGGGUAAUAUCACUGUUUCCCAAAGCAGAGGAGCGGGUUAAAAGUAUUGCCUAUUCUUUUUUUAAGACUUUCCAACUUUUUCAGUUGUUUCCACGUGAUUGUUACGCCUGGGAUUUUUGUUUAAUCUCACAGAAAUGGGUCUCUGCUUCCACACUGUCACAGCCUUCUGAGGAAGUGACGUGACAAUCAGCACCACUGUCCCUGGAGGAAGCCUCUCUGUGGUUGGGGUGUGUGUGCCAUGUCCUGCUCCUCUGGCGUCUGCCGAAGCCAUAUUUCCAGGUCCGCGGUUCAGCACCGGGAUUCCCAGAGCGAGCUCACGGGAGGGCUUGCCUCCCAAAGCUUUCUCUCUGCCUUGACCGGAAUUGGAGCUGUAAAAUUAUGUGUUCGUACUUUUACUCAGAGAAUCAACUGUCACCACUUCCACUGUUGCCCUUCAGCAAGGCUCCUGAACUAAUAAGGUUACAGUCUAAGAACCCCACGUUUUGUAGGAGGUUGGGCAGGGUCACUUUAAGCUAAGCCAGUCCUUGGCCUGGCGCAGCUGGCAGAUGCCUGGGCACAGCGUAGCGGGAGCAGCCGUGGCCUGGGCACUGCGGGCGGAGAGGAAGAGGGGCUGGGCUCCCCGCCGGCCCGGAGAAGUGUCUGAGUUUCAUCAGUCUUCAAAUGCUGCUAUGUACUUCACAGACUUCUUGCAUGGAUUAAGCUUUUGUUUUAGGUGGAGUAGCACGAGGAGAAACCCCUUACACUUAGUGCUCUGUCUACUCUUUAUUUCUCUCAGGGUGGCCAGUUUUUGACUUAUUUAUCCUGCUUGAAAGCUACUUGAGAUGUGUACUGCUCUUCUAAACAGUGACCUGUUUCUUCCGUCCCGCAUAUAUAUAACUUCAUGUUAACGGUCUCGAUGCCUCAGAGACGAGCGUGCUUCUUUUAGGAUCUGUUUUUCAUUCGCGGUCUUGGGUACCCAUGAAAAGAUGGUGAAAUCAGACACUGCUCCCUGCGCGCCGGCGGGGUGCUGCCCCUGGCGAGGAUGCUCGCCCCGGGGAGGGGCUUCUGCAUCAGGAGCCGCAAGCACUGAAGGAGAGCACUGCCCGGCGCAGGGCCCGGCAGUCCACUCGGUGGGAAAGACACUUCCUGAGAAACUUGACGAGUAGCUAUCCAUUCUACCAUUAUGAAAUCUAUGAUUUAAAAAAUGUCUAGAUGCCUUCUCCUCUUGAGGGAAAAAGGGUGCUUUUUAUCGCAUAAAGCAGCAUCUUCUGUACUUUGCUAUCCAUUGUUUGAACUUCUGUCUCGGGGUGGGUCUCCGAUGUCCUGAGCCGGAUGUCCACGUCCGGCAUGGCAGUGGGAGAGGCCCUGGGCAGGCCCCUCCUGCCCUGGAAAGCCAGCCUCGAGGCUGGGCGGCCGUAACACUCCACCUGGGAGAGCAUCUUUUGGGCUAGGUUUUAUUUCUGCUCUUUAUUGAAGACAAACAUUCACCAAUAAGGGAAAGGGAAAAACCGUUUUGAAAGAAACGAAUUUUCUCUGGCGAGAGUAUUACUGACUGUUUUGGCCUGUUCAAGUUUCCCCCUCAGUACUCGGGUUCCCUGAGCUGGUGUCCGACUGGCACAUGUUAGAGAGACACUGUGUACUCUGUACCGAGCUGAUCCAAAACACUGCGUUGGAAAUAAACCGGUGACUGUUUUUCUUCGUAAAGUCCUGCGUGGCAUCUUCACUCUUUCAAACACAUCUGUACACCAGAAAUGUCACAGUUCCCAGUGUCUUUUUAGUGUGGCUUUAGUAUGGCUUCCUUUUAAUAUUGUACAUACACUGUAUCUUUGUUUUAUGGUAAUAAGUAAUAAAAAUGUAGACUUCAUAUUUUGUACAAAAUGUCCUAUGUACAGAAUAAAAAAAAGUUCAUAGAAACAGCAAAAA